AUGCAUAAAGGUUUCACACUCUACCAUCAUAGCCAGCGUGAAGAUAAUCAAGUGACGUCUCUCUCUCUCGGGCCUGGGAAGGGCCACGUUCUACACGUGGCGACGACCGAAGACCUGUCCACGUCGGCCAAAAGGGUUUCACUUCGUAUUGGUGUAAGGUUUGGCAUAGCCCAGGGUUCCAGGAAUCCUCCUCUCUUUACGAAGUACGAAGCGUGCCGUGUGGCACCUAAACGCAAAUGUACGGCGGCAGCGAGUCCGAAUUGCCUGUCCGGGAACCCAUCACAGAUGCCGGCCACAGCCAUCCAAGCCACCGUUCCGCCCGGCCAGACUAGUUGUCAACUCUUCGCAGCGAUCCGUUCGGGCGCCGGCCGCGUCCACUGGUGCGCCGAGUAUAAAGUUAGAGUCGGGAAUGGGCCAUGGCGGCUUACCUGUCGCACUCUCCCUACUCCCCCUCCUCUGCCGCGGGUCCUUUGA